AUGGCUGACAACAUCAAAACAUCAAGUACCAUCCCGAACACAUCAUUCACAGUCCACAAUUCCAAGAUCACAGCAGUUUGGACUCAGGACGAAGAAGCCCCAAAGACUUCCCAUUGCGAGACAAGUGGCAACGUCGUCGACCUAGGCCAUCGUUUUGUAUGUCCCGGCCUAACCGACUGCCAUGUGCACCUUACAGCUACCCCCGGAGACGUCACGCUGAAAGGAAUGUACGCCGCUGAAACCAGCACACUCGCUUUCCGCUCUGCAUAUCUCUGCUCGGAAAUGCUCCUUCGUGGCUUCACAACUGUCCGCGACACCGGUGGCGCCGACGCUGGUCUUCGAGACUGCAUCGAGGAAGGCUUAGUCAAAGGCCCCCGAGUCUUUAUCGCGGGGAAAGCGCUCUCUCAAACAGGUGGCCAUGGCGACUUUCGUGUGCGGCACGUUUCCACCCAGCAUCAAUGUUGCGGCGACAUACCCGGACUAUCUCGCAUCUGCGAUGGUGUGCCGCAAUGUCUUGAGGCUGUUCGUGAUGAGAUUCGUUGCGGAGCUGAUUUCAUCAAGAUUAUGUGCGGAGGAGGCGUGGCAACUUUGACGGAUCCGCUGUCUAUGAUUCAAUUCACGCCUGAGGAGAUUCGUGCCAUCACGACUACAGCAGCAUACUCGGGAAAGUAUGUCACUGCGCAUGCUUAUACAAACGAAGCCAUCCGACAUGCUGUGGACAACGGCGUUCGCGGCAUCGAGCACGGGAAUUUCGUGAACGCCGAGACGGCACAGUACCUGAAAGAAAAGGAGGUAGUGAGGACUCCAACACUUGUGGUUUAUCAGGCUUACGAGGUCGUGGACAAGAAGCCGCCCUUCGAUGACUUGAUUCCAGAGUCAAGCAAGGCCAAGAACAGCGAGGUUCUGGCCUCGGGACUGCAACCCUUAAAGAUUCUGGAGGAUGCUGGCGUCACCAUGUGCUACAGCUCUGACUUGCUGAGUGAUUCUGCUACGACCAAUGCUGCCAAAUAUCUCGGCAUGGAAGGCAAACUUGGCUGUAUCACCCCUGGAGCUUUCGUAGACUUUAUCGUCUUGGAUCAGGACCCCCUGGAGGAUGUUACCGUGCUAGACCGGGUCGAAAGUCUACUCAGUGUAGUGAAAGAUGGCCGGGUCGUUGCCAGCAAGAUCGAGAGUCUGGUUCAGGACGAGUCCUACCAUGCUUUUAACCUGAAGAGCAGUCAUUCUCUUACAGAGCCUCUAUAG